CAGUCCUUCCUCUUUUUUAUUUUUACUGACGAACAGCGUGAGUAAUAUAGCCAGACAGGUAUAAACCGGCCGAGUCCUUGCCGCCUUCAAACCAUUUUUGACUUUAGCUGCCUUGCAAGCUGGGCAGACGUUGCCUGCGUGCUUAGCACGCUAACUGUUAAGCGACAAGUGUGGCUUUCUUGGGAAUUAAAAAGGAACAUCAGGGAAGUGUUUCUCUUGAGAUCUUUUUUUCUGGGUUUGAAUAUAGCGGGAGUGUCUGGUCGGGUUAAUUCGCUGCAAGCGGAUUGCAUGAGAGGAGCUCAGAGCGCUAGAAAGUUGGUGGCUGGCCACAUUGGGUCGCCUUGAAAUCGCGCAGCAGUUCUUCGGGCUAUAGUUUGGGGGGGACAGCCACCGAAUUAAUACUCUUUUUUGGGAAGGGGAGCAGUCUCCUGUCUCAGCUUACGGAGCCGAGCUCAGGAACGGUAAACUUUUGUUGCCCUGGGUCGGAAAUAUCUGUUUUGCGGCUGUCACCGGUUUGCACCAAGCGGAUCAUCGCUGCGGAGAGAGGCAACCCUUUUCCACCGGUUUGAUCUGUCACAUGCACGCCGGAGGGACUAAAGCAACGAAAAGACCUGUGCGUGUGGAAUCCCCCGGGGCUGCGUGGAGCGGGAGCCAGCAUGAGAGGGUAAGGCCUGCCGCGGGCCCACGGAAAUGGCUCUGGGUUGGUCCGGCUCGCACCCCCUGGCCCGGGACGGCGUGCCCCUGCGUUAGGACCUGAGCGGUUUAUGGGAGACGGCCGGCCCCCGGCGCUGAGGAUCUCUCUGUGUGCGGUCGCCCCCGCCCUGUGACUGAAGCACCGCGAGGAAGAGGGGGACGAGGAAGAGGAGCAGGCAUGGCCAAGAACUCGUACAGCGGGGUGAAGAACUCCACGGCGGAGGCCAACCACGAUGGAGACUUCGGCUGCUCGCUCAAAGAGCUGCGCUCGCUCAUGGAGCUGCGCGCGGCCGAGGGGCUGCAGAAGAUGGAGCAGACCUACGGGGGGGUGCAGGGUCUGUGCACCAGGCUGCGGUCCUCACCUGUCGAAGGUUUAAGUGGACACCCUGCAGACAUCGGCAAAAGGAAAGAAGUGUUUGGACAGAACUUUAUACCUCCGAAAAAGCCAAAAACCUUCCUCCAGUUAGUGUGGGAAGCGUUGCAGGACGUAACACUGAUUAUUCUUGAAGUGGCAGCCAUAGUCUCUUUAGGCCUUUCCUUUUAUAAACCUCCAGAUGCUGAAAGAGAGCACUGCGGCAAUGCGGCGGGGGGCGUGGAGGACGAGGGGGAGGCGGAGGCGGGCUGGAUCGAGGGCGCCGCCAUCCUCCUGUCAGUCAUCUGCGUGGUGCUGGUGACGGCCUUCAACGACUGGAGCAAGGAGAAGCAGUUCAGGGGGCUGCAGAGCCGCAUCGAGCAGGAGCAGAAGUUCACCGUGGUGCGGGGCGGCCAGGUCAUCCAGAUCCCCGUCACCGACAUCGUCGUCGGGGACAUCGCACAGAUCAAAUACGGUGACCUCCUGCCCGCAGAUGGCAUCCUCAUACAAGGGAACGAUCUCAAAAUCGACGAGAGCUCUCUGACAGGGGAGUCGGACCACGUCAAGAAGGCGCUGGAUAAAGACCCCAUGCUGCUGUCAGGUACCCAUGUGAUGGAGGGCUCGGGGAAGAUGGUCGUCACGGCCGUCGGGGUGAACUCCCAGACCGGCAUCAUCUUCACCCUGCUGGGGGCGGGAGGCGAGGACGAUGAGGAGGACGAGGAGAAGGAGGAGAAGAGGAGGAAGAAGGAGGAGAAGAAGAAAAAGAAAAACAAAAAGCAGGACGGGUCGUCUGAGAACCGCAAAAAGGCUAAAGCCCAGGACGGCGUGGCAGUGGAGAUGCAGCCUCUGAACAGCGAGGACGCAGGCGACGCAGAAAAGAAGAAGGCCAACUUGCCAAAGAAAGAGAAGUCAGUUCUGCAGGGGAAGCUGACGAAACUAGCAGUCCAGAUCGGCAAAGCAGGCCUGGUGAUGUCGGCCAUCACGGUCAUAAUACUGGUGGUGCUGUUCGUGGCGGACACCUUCUGGAUCCAGGGCCUGCCAUGGGUGAAAGACUGCACCCCCAUCUACGUCCAGUUCUUCGUCAAGUUCUUCAUCAUCGGCGUCACCGUGCUGGUGGUGGCCGUGCCGGAGGGCCUGCCGCUGGCUGUCACCAUUUCUCUGGCGUACUCCGUUAAAAAAAUGAUGAAAGACAACAACCUGGUGAGGCACCUGGACGCCUGUGAGACCAUGGGCAACGCCACGGCCAUCUGCUCCGACAAGACGGGCACGCUGACCAUGAACAGGAUGACGGUGGUGCAGGCGUACGUGGGCGAGAAGCACUACCGCAAGGUCCCGGAGCCAGAGCUGAUCCCCGGCAGCACCAUGGACCUGCUGAUCUUGGGGAUCAGUGUCAACUCCGCCUACACCACCAAGAUCAUGUCUCCGGAGAAGGAGGGGGGGCUGCCGAGGCAGGUGGGGAACAAGACUGAAUGUGCCUUGCUGGGCUUCGCCCUGGACCUGAAGAGGGACUACCAGGCCAUCCGCAACGAGAUCCCCGAGGAGAAGCUGUACAAGGUCUACACCUUCAACUCGGUCAGGAAGUCCAUGAGCACGGUGCUGAAGAACGCUGACGGCAGCUACCGCAUGUUCAGCAAGGGGGCCUCCGAGAUCCUCCUCAAGAAGUGCUGUAGGAUUCUGACGGCGAGCGGUGAGCCGAAGGUGUUCCGGCCGCGGGACCGGGACGACAUGGUGAAGAAGGUAAUCGAGCCCAUGGCGUCGGAGGGGCUGCGGACCAUCUGCCUGGCCUACAGGGACUUCCCCGCCUCCGAGGGCGAGCCCGACUGGGACAACGAGACGGGCAUCCUCACCGGCCUCACCUGCAUCUGCGUGGUGGGCAUCGAGGACCCUGUCCGGCCGGAGGUUCCCGACGCCAUCCGCAAGUGCCAGCGGGCGGGCAUCACGGUGCGCAUGGUGACCGGGGACAACAUCAACACGGCGCGUGCCAUCGCCACCAAGUGCGGCAUCCUGCAGCCCGGCGACGACUUCCUCUGCCUGGAGGGCAAGGAGUUCAACCGCAGGAUCCGCAACGAGAAGGGAGAGAUCGAACAGGAGCGCAUCGAUAAGAUCUGGCCCAAGCUGCGCGUCCUGGCAAGAUCCUCUCCCACCGACAAGCACACACUAGUAAAAGGGAUAAUCGAUAGCACCAUCGUGGAGCAGAGGCAGGUCGUCGCGGUGACGGGGGACGGGACCAACGACGGGCCAGCCUUGAAGAAAGCAGACGUGGGCUUUGCGAUGGGCAUCGCUGGCACGGAUGUAGCAAAGGAAGCCUCUGACAUCAUCCUGACGGAUGAUAACUUCAGCAGCAUCGUGAAGGCGGUGAUGUGGGGGCGGAACGUGUACGACAGCAUCUCCAAGUUCCUGCAGUUCCAGCUGACAGUGAAUGUGGUGGCGGUGAUCGUGGCCUUCACUGGAGCCUGCAUCACGCAGGACUCCCCUCUGAAAGCGGUGCAGAUGCUGUGGGUGAACCUGAUCAUGGACACCUUCGCCUCGCUGGCCCUGGCCACCGAGCCUCCCACCGAGUCCCUGCUGCUGAGGAAGCCGUACGGCCGCAACAAGCCCCUCAUCUCCCGCACCAUGAUGAAGAACAUCCUGGGCCACGGCGUCUACCAGCUCACCAUCAUCUUCACCCUGCUGUUCGCCGGAGAGCAGAUUUUCGACAUCGACAGUGGCAGGAACGCGCCCCUGCAUGCACCCCCGUCCGAGCACUACACCAUCGUCUUCAACACCUUCGUCAUGAUGCAGCUCUUCAACGAGAUCAACGCCCGCAAGAUCCACGGCGAGAGGAACGUCUUCGACGGCAUCUUCAACAACCUCAUCUUCUGCACCAUCGUCUUCGGCACCUUCGUCAUCCAGAUUGUCAUCGUUCAGUUUGGGGGCAAGCCGUUCAGCUGCGUGGGGCUGACCGUUGACCAGUGGCUGUGGUGCAUAUUCCUGGGCAUGGGCUGUCUCCUCUGGGGCCAGGUGAUCUCGUCCAUCCCCACGAGCCGGCUGAAGUUCCUGAAGACAGCGGGCCACGGCACGCAGAAGGAGGAGAUCCCGGACGAGGAGCUGGAGGACAUGGACGACCUGGAGGAGAUCGACCACGCGGAGCGGGAGCUGCGCCGCGGCCAGAUCCUCUGGUUCCGAGGGCUCAACCGCAUCCAGACUCAGAUGGAUGUAGUGAGCGCUUUCCAGAGCGGCGUUGCCUUUCAGGGGGCCGUCAGAAGGCAGGCCUCCAGCGCCAGCCAACAGCACGAUAUCCGGGUGGUGAAUGCCUUCCGCAGCAGCCUGUCCCCCUAUGAGGGGCUUGAGAACCCUGAGUCACGCAGCUCCAUUCACAACUUCAUGACCCACCCGGAGUUCCGGAUAGAGGACUCUGAGCCCCACAUCCCCCUCAUUGACGACACAGACGCCGAGGACGACGCGCCCACCAAGCGCAACUCCUCCCCUCCCCGCUCCCCCACGCCCACGCCCCCGCCCCCGCCGCCGGCCCUGGCCUCACCCUCGCCUCAGGCCCCGCCCUCGCCCCAGGCCCCGCCCUCACCCAACAAGAACAAUAACGCCGUGGACGGCGGCGCCCGGCUCUUCCUGGAUGUUGACAAGCGGGGCUCCCUCGUGCCCCCCGGGAGCCCCCUCCACAGCCUGGAGACGUCCCUCUGAUCCCCCCCCCCCCCCCCCCCCACAGCGGCACUCUUCAGUACACACCCGCGUGUGAUUGGUCACAGGGGAGGAGAGGGGUGGGGUUAUGCCAUCCUAUUGGA